AUGUUGUGGCUCAAAAAACAUAAUCCCCAAAUUUCCUGGGAAAAACAUACACUCGUUUUUAACUCCUUAUAUUGUUCCAACAACUGUUUGUCUGUGCCCACUGUUUUAGAACUCAAAGCAGUAGAGGAAAUUCCCAUUCCUUAUCAAGAAUUCUCUAGGGUAUUCUCAGAGGAAGAAUUGUCAAAAUUACCUCCCCACCGUCCUUAUGACAUGGCCAUCGAGUUACUUCCGGAUGCGCGACCACGUCAUGGCCCCAUUUACAGUUUAGGUCCAAGAGAAGACGCGGAACUCAAAGAAACCAUUGAGAAACAACUCAAAGCCGGUCUAAUCCGGCCGUCUAAAUCCCCUAUGGCCUCUCCCAUAUUAUUCGUAAAAAAGAAAAAUGGGAAACUACGCAUGUGUGUGGAUUAUCGGCGCCUAAAUAGCACCCAUUCCCCCACACCGUUUCCAAUUAUUCCAUCCACACGCUCUGGCGUCCCCCACCCAUACUCCCGUCCUACUAGCCGCGCCUCUCGACGUUCCAUUCCAACCAAUUCCCAACCGGCCUCUCGCAGCGCAUCACCCACUUUGCAAGACUUGCCAAGGAUGGAACCAGAACCGUCCCCUUCCGCUCUCCUCGAGGCUAUCACAGCCCUCACAGCCACCGUUGGGUCCCUACAGGACCAAAUCCGAGCCCAGAGCCAACAAAUUAUCGAACUCAGGGCCAUAUGCAAGGAGACCGCAGACCUCCUCGGGGACAAAGACCAAGGAGCAACCCAAGCUAAGCCUGGCCCAACAACUGGGCCUGUCACUCCUCCCACCCACUUGGGAGGAGAAGCCCACACUCCAGGCACGGUUAGGCCUGGGCUCAAAGCCCCAUUCCGGCCUUCAAGAGGAACCGGGUUUGACUCAGAGGAAGAGGAAGAGCCAAGGCGACCAAAAAAGGAGCCUCAGGGAACGCCUACAAGACACCUGGGAUCCCUCACCCCCUUUGACGCAGGGUCCAGCGUAAAAAGGCCCAAAAUGGACCUCCCCAACCCUUAUAAGGGAGACACUAGGGGACGCAAAGCUACACAAUGGCUGGAUCGCAUGCUGCUUUGGGUAGCCCUCCAUUGCGAUCAAUUUGAUGAAGAGGAACAAAUGGUUGUAUGGAUCCUAUAUCAUAUGACUGAUAAGGCUGCCGAUUGGGCUCUCCCCAUCAUAGGGACAAUUAUCAAGGGCGAGGGGAAUCCUCCUACUACCAUCACGGCCUUAACGGCCAAAUUCAAGGAGGCGUUCGCAGACCCUGAUGCCAAGAGGGCGGCUGCCAGAAAAAUUGCCGCGCUAACUCAGACCACAACCACGGCUGAGUAUGUCACCGAGUUCCAAAAUCUGAUGGCGGAACUUGACUGGAAUGAGGAGGCGUACAUCGCCCAAUUCACGCGCGGCCUCCAAUGGAAGGUCAAGGAACUCCUGUCUACCAAAGACAAUAUCCCCGACGAGUUGGAGGCUAUCUUUGCCGCCUCCAUCAAAAUUGACAACAUCCGUCGAGAGAACGAGGAGAACCACCCAAAGAAGGUUCCAACCAAGGCCGCAACCACCACCACCACCACUAGGGUCCGCCUAUCAGAAGACCCCAAUUACGUCACACCGGAGGAACGGGACCGCCGCCGCGCAUCAGGACUGUGCGUUAAAUGCGGCCAAAAAGGGCAUGGGAUCAAGCAGUGCCCCAAUGGUUGGAAAGCCACCCCCAAGGAGACCGCCAAGGUAGCCCAGGACGAGUCGGAAAAAGAAUAA